AUGCUUCGUACAUUGCGUGUUGCCCGCCCCACCUCAGUCGCGCGCCAGUUCCGCCAGUUCUCGAGCAAGACAUCAGCCAUGGCGCCUCUGAGAAUUGGCUUCGUGCCUGAGCAUUUCUCAACCCCACUCGAAUUCGCGAAGAAGCACUAUGGCCUCGAUGCGCGCCUUCUCCCAUACCCCUCCGGCACUGGCCACAUGGUCACUGCGCUGCAAGCGGGCGAGAUUGAUAUCGGCGUCGGGCUGACAGAAGGAUGGAUCGCAGCCAUGGGUAAAGCACAAGCAGCCAAAGAAGACGCCGGUUUCCGAGCCGUCGGCACAUAUGUUGAAACACCCCUAUGCUGGGCCAUAUCUACAGGCGCGAAGAGAGAGCUCGCCGGCAUAGAGGACCUCAAAGGCAAAAAGGUGGGCGUAUCAAGAAUCGGAAGUGGCAGCUACGUGAUGAGCUUCGUGCUAGCCGACCAGCAGGGCUGGCUGGAUCCAACGUCAAGCAGCCCACCAUUCCCAGUCGAGCCUCUGAAUACUUUUGCAAACCUGCGUGAAGGCGUAAACAACAGCACAGCCGACUUCUUCAUGUGGGAGCACUUCACAUCUAAGCGCUACUAUGACAACGGCGAAAUCAAGCGCAUCGGCGAGAUCUACACGCCCUGGUCGUCGUGGAAGAUUGUCGCUGUGAAUGAUUUGUUGUAUCCGAAGAACUGGAGCUCGGCACCAAAUGCCACCAAGCCUGCGUUGAAGGAGGAGCUGGAAGAUGUGCUGGCCAAGAUCAACAAGGGCGUGAAGCACUUUGAGGAGAACCAGGAAGAAGCAGUACAGUAUAUCAGCACGAAGCUUGACUACUCCGAGGAAGAUGCACGGGAAUGGCUGAAAACUGUGCAAUUCGCGAAAGAUGUGCGAGGCGUGGAUCCGGAGGUCGUGAACAAGACUGUUAGCACGCUGCAGAAGGCUGGCGUUCUUGGUGAAGGGGUGGACAGCUCCGACAUGGUCGCACUCGAGCGAAAAUAA